AACUGAGCGACCAGACCAGAAGCCGGCUCUGCUGACUUCAGGGACACUAUGGAAAAUGCGGUGUCGGCUUCAAUGAAGCGCGGCACUUUGAACAGCGAUGAAAACACCCCGUUGAAAAAAUUCUCCGGGCCACGGAUGACCAAGCAGUUCUUGAAGGAUCACUGCAAGCAAAACCGGCUCUUCUCCACACCUUGUUUGAACGACACCCUCUACCUACACUUUAAGGGUUUCUCCACCAUCGAGAACCUGGAGGAGUACACUGGGCUCAAGUGCCUGUGGCUUGAAAGCAACGGGCUGCAGCGCAUUCAGAACCUGGACGCGCAAGUCAACCUGCGCUGCCUUUUCCUUCAGCAGAACCUGAUCCACAAGCUGGAGAACCUGGCGCCUAUGCAGAAGCUGUGCUCCUUAAACGUCUCCAACAACUACAUCAACACAAUCGAGAACAUCUCCUGCCUCCCUCAGCUCAGCACCCUGCAGAUCGCCCACAACAAGCUGGAAGUGGUCCACGAUAUCCAGCACCUGAGCGAAUGUAUGGCCCUCACGGUUCUGGACCUGUCACACAACCUCCUUCAUGAGCCGGGGAUCCUUCCCGUCCUGGAGGCCAUGCCGGAACUGCGUGUCCUAAAUUUGAUGGGCAAUAAGGUGAUCAGCAACAUCCCCAACUACAGGAAGACUCUCAUCGUCCGCCUCAGGCAGCUCACCUUCCUGGACGACCGUCCCGUCUUCCCCAGGGACAGGGCCUGCGCGGAGGCCUGGGCCCUCGGCGGUCUCGAGUUGGAGCGCAAAGAGAGAGAACAAUGGGAUAACCAGGAGAGGAAGAAAAUCCAGGACAGCCUGGAUGCCCUGGCGCUGAUAAAAAAGAAAGCGCAGCGGAAACUGCGUCUCAGAGAGGAAGCGAUGAAAGGUCACUCCGAGUCUUCUAUCAUUUCACAAACCCAUUGUGAGGAAUCGCAUGCUGAGAACAUUCAAAGCUUUGUGCAAGGCACACUGGACGCCCACGACGAGUUCCUUCAAAGUCAAAGCACGCAAGGGUCGGAUAAAAUCCAGGAAGAUGGUAACUCGGAAUCUGAGCCGUUUGAUGAAGGUUUAGGGGACAAGAUCGUAGACGAGAUCUCUGACCAUGAUGAACAAGCCCAAGAAUCACAUGAAGAGAAGAAGGUGCUUCUUGGCGAUGAAGCAGGAAGAGAACCUGCAACAGAUCUAAACCAUGACAAUCAAGACCACCACCCUUCAGUGAUGGUAAAUUCUUCUAAUGAACCACUCAGUCCUAGUCCAGUGGGGACUGGGCUGGGGGGUGCAAGUCUAUUCCACAUUGAUGACCUUCCUUCUCUUGAGGAUGUGGAACCCCUUGCUGAAAACAUCUUUAGCCUUGCACGGGACACACCGGAGGCCCAUCGGGAGUUUCCCGAAGGUCAAACAACACCCCAAGUUGCUACAAAUCAGGAAAAAGGCGAAGAAUUCGAAUCGGAGCAGUGUGAUAAAGGUUUAGAGGCUGAGAUUAAAAACAAGAGAUCUGAAGAAGAUAGCAAAAAUGCUCAGUGGGGUCAUGGUGAGAAGGAUCAUUUUAUUGUCAAUGAGAAAGAAAGAGAGCCUGCAGCAAUUUUAAAACCCGAGAUCCAGCUUUCUACGGUGAAGAUAGACUCACCAGAAGAGUCAGAAGGUCCCAGUCUUCUGGAGGAUGCAAUGUUGCUUCCUCUUGGUGACAUUGUUUUCGGAGGUUUGGAAACAACUGCAGACGACAAACCGGAGGCUCUUGAGGAGGACCUCCCAAGUCGAGCAGUACUACUGCAAGCUGAUCAAAAGCAGGAAAGGGGCAAAGACUCAAAUUCAGAGCAGCUCGUUGCAGGACUGGAGAUCAAAGCGGAGCACUGUGAGAAAGCUGAAUUUGAAGAAUCCGCUUGGCACGUGGGUGCAGAUGAAGACAGAAGAGAACCCAGAACAAUUGUAAACCCUGUCUCCCAGGAGACCCAGCUUCUUUUGGUGGUAGAUUCUCCCGAAGAACCACAAGGUCCCAACCCACCCAAUUCACUGCAGCUUGAUGAUUUAGACACCAUAAUUGAAAGUGAGAUGUCUGAAGAUCAGAAGAAAGCCCAGCAGGUGGGUGCAGGGGAGGAUCAGUUUCUUGUAGCUGAAGCAGGAGCAGAAUCAAUUAUAAUCCCUGAGCACCAAGAGAACACACUUCCUUUGAUAAUAGAUUCUCCUGAUGAGCCACACGAUCCUGCUCUACCAGGGACUAAGCUUCAGGAUGCAAAAUUGCUCCACAAUGAUGAUGGCUUUGAUCUGGAAGAUCCAGAAACAGAUCUUGAGAACAUCCAUACAUUUAUGCAGGACACACUGGAGGCCAAUGAGUUUUAUCAACGUCAAACAGCACAGUCAUCUGACGAAAAACUGAAAAAAUGCAAAGAGCGUAAUUCAGAGCAGCUAGUUGAAGGUCUGAAGGCACCUGAGGAAGAUGAAGAAAAGGCUCAAUUGGGUCAUGAUGAAGAGGAUCUGGUUCUUGCUGAUAAACCAGGGAGUGAACUGAUAAUAAAUGCAAACACUGAGCGACGGGAGAAUCAACUUUCUUCUGCGAGGGUAGAUUCUUCUCAAGGACAACGGGAUAAAGCAGCGCUCCAGAUUAAUCUUCCUGUUCUUGACUAUAUCGAACAAACUACUGAAAACAUCCAAACCUUUAGGCAGGACCCAUUCGAGGACCAUGAGGAGUUUUUCCAAAAUUGCGCAAUGCUGGCAUCUGACAAAAACUAUGAAAAAGACAAAAUCAACAAAUCAGAGCAGCUUGAAGGAGGCUUGGAAGUCAAAAUUCCAGAAGUUAUGUCUGAAGAACAGAAGGAACAAGCUCAGCAGGUUGAUGGAGUGAGUGAUCAUGUUCUUGGUGGUGAAGCAAUAAUUGAACCUACGACGAUUGUACACAAUGAGCAGCCAGAGACACAGCUUCCUUCGGUGGUGGUUGAAUCGUACAAUCCCUGUCCAGAGGGCGCUGAACCACCAGACAGAGUUCUGUUUCACAUUGAUGAUCUUCCUGAUUUUCAGGGUAUGAGACCAACUGCUGAGAACAUCCAAAGCCUUGUGCCGGACACGCUGGAGGUCCAUGAUGAAUGCAUCCAAAGUGAAACAACACAAAAACUGAAAGAAAACCAGGAAAAAAAUGAAGACUCCAAAUCAGAGCAGCUUGAUGCAGGUUUGGAGGUCAGAACUGAAGAGCACAUUGCUGAAGAACGUGAAGAUCAAGCGCAGAAGGCUGAUGAAGAAAGUCGUGUUCUUGGUGAUGAACCAACAGUGGAACCUUCAACAAUUGUAAACCAUGAACAUCAUGAGAAUCAGUUUCCUUCCAUGAAGGUAGAACCUCCUGAAGAACCGUUCAGGAGCCAAAUGGGACGAGCGGCGUCACUGUACAUUAAUGAUCGUCCCAAGACUGUGAAUGUGGAACCACGUGCUGACGACAGUCCCGGCCUUGUGCAGGACACAUUGGAGGUCCGGGAUGGGGUUCUACAAAGUCAAACAACACUGCGAUCUGAUGAAAAAAUGGUUAGAGGAUUGGAGGCAAAGAAUGAAGAAAAAAUGUCUUUUGAAGAUGAACAGGCUCAGCUGGUAGAUAAAGAGGGGGAUCGGGUUGUUGUUGAAUCUGGAGGAGAACCUGAGCACUCUGGGCACCAGAAUAAUCCGCUUCCUAUGGUCUGGGUCGAGUCUUCUGAGGGAUGGCAGGAUGCAGACCCGCUGUGCAUUGAUGAUAUUCUUCUUGAGGAUGGUGCACCACCUGGGAUAAACAUUCAAAGUUUUGUGAAGGACACACUGACGAAUGCCUGCGAGCAGUUCCUCCAAAGUCAGACUACACUGCAAUCUAAUGAAAACCAAGAGAACAAUGAAGACUCUAAACCAGGUCAAUUUGAUCAAGGUAUGGAGGACGAAACAGAAGAGUUUGCUGAAGAACCGCGAGAACAAGCCCGGCAGGGUGGUGCAGAGGUGGAUCAGCGUCGUUUCGAUGAAACAGGAAGAGAACCUACAACAAAUGUAAUCCUCGGACACUGGGAAAACCAGGAUCUUUCAGAGAUGAUAGGGUUUCAUGAGGAACCACAGGGUCCUGAUACACUGGGGACUGAACUGGUGGAUACAGCGUCACUUUGCAUUGAUGACAUUCUUCUUGAAGAUGUUCAAUCACCUGCAAAAAACACCCGUGGCCUUCCACAGUCCACACUCGAGGUCCAUGAGGAGUUUCUCCAAACUCAACCAGUGCCUCUUGGCAGUAAAAACCAGGAAAAAGAAGAGUCCAGAUCAGAGCACACUGAUGAAGUGUUAGAGGUUGAGAUGAAACCAAAGUCUGUGGAAGGCGAAGAAAAGACCCCUCCUGUGGGUAGCGAAGAGGUCGGGAAUCAUGACAAUGAAGCAGAACAAGAACCUGCAACCACUGCAAACCCUGAGCAUCACAAGAGCAAACUUCCUUUGGUCAUUGUAGAGACUGAAGAACCACAUAGUCCAGGUCUAGAGGGGAUCGGACUAAAAGAUGCAGAGUGGCUGCAGAUUGGCGACGGUCCUGAUCUUGAUAUUGUGGAAAUGUCCUCAACUGAGCAGGUGGUCAAAGCAAAACCAGAAGUCCUAUCUGGACUGGGUGGUGAGGAUGGAUCCAUCUUGAGUGACAUCCCUUGUGGGUCAGAUAACAAGCCGUUGCUUUUAAUGAGCAGCUGCUCCAAUUCACCAGAACCACCUCCUGAUUUAUUACUGCUAGUUCUGGACCCCGAAGAUGAUGCGGAGCCUCCGGCUUCGGAACAACCGGAAAACUCUGAUGUCAUCCAAUUGUUUUCUCCAUCCCGCUAUGAGGAUGUGGACCAGCAAUGAUGUCAUCAGACUUCGUGGCAGCACUUUGGACAUUUUCUUGUAUGUAUGCACUUUAAUUUGAUCAGAGAAAAAGUUCAUACGCGACAAAAUAUACCAAAGUAAACACACCAAAGUCGAUCACUUCGUGAUUACGCCAAACUUUUCACCAUGAAAAACUGAA